UUCUUCUUGUUUUGAAACCCUACCUCAUCCCCCCACCAUCCUCAGUUCGUCACCACCAUCCUUCAUCCUUCAACUCUCUGUCACCAAUCGUGCUCCUCCAAAUCCUCUCACCCACAUCUCAUAAAUCCCCUAAGUAGCAGCUCAAUGUUCCCCACUCCACCGCAGUCGCGUGUUGCCUUCAACAACCUUGGGUUUCCCUUUUCGGCAAGCAGAUGCUAGCCCCCCUCAAGUUAUGGCUAUCUCUGCCUUUUGGGCUUCCAUUUUAGGAGGAAUCACCUCUCUCACUCACAAUUUUUUGGUAAAAUUGAGCAUGAAACCAAUCUUGUUUUUUCUCUAAUUUUGGUAGAUUUAGUUGAAUAUUGACCAUUUAGAUUUGGGGGAAAUGCAUAGGAUUUAUGGGUAUUCUGUUUCUUAUCUUUUUGAAAGAUUGUGACACUGUUUGUUUAGUGUUUAGCUGCUAUUCUGCUUAGAUUCCCCUACUGUUUUUGCCAUGAAAUUUUACUGUUCACGUAGAAAAAUUAUGCUGUUUUUGCUACAUUUUCUGCAACCUGUCUUUUUUCUGUACUUUUCUACAAUCUAUUUUUCUGCAAUAGUUUUCUGCAAUCUGUUUUGCUGCAUUUUCUGUAACCUGUUUUUCUACUGCAUGUUUCUGCAAUCUUGACUGCUUUUGCUUCUGCAUUUUGCUACAUUCCCCAACUGUUUUCUGCACUGUUUUUAAACCAGAAAAUUCUGUAUUUUCCCCCAAAAAAAAAGUCAACUGUUAUCUUUGGAAAUUUAUAUAUGACUAUGCGUGUGAAUUAUAUAUAUAUAUAUAUAUAUAUAUAAGUUAAUAAGGUUUUGGUGGAUAGAAUGGCAAGAGGAGAUAGGGAGAAAUUGUUCCUUUGGGAUAGAACUUGGUCCUAGAAUUAAAGAUCAAUUUUAGUUGAAUGAGGCAUGUUGUGAUCUUGUUGUUCUUGAUUAUGAAAUAGGUUCUAAGUCACCACCAUCUCCUUGAAACCUUGAAUACUUGCUGUUGUAAGUUUACAAGAAGAGGUACUAAAACCAAAGACAUGGGAAAACUGGGGAGAGUGAUGAGCUAGAAGGCUAGCCAUUUGUGUUUCAGACUUAGAUUAUCUUGGAGUUAGACUAGCCACAUAUAUUUGGACUUAGCUUAUUUGUAAUUAGGUUUGCAGAAUAAAUUUUAAAUUUCAAAUUUUUGCAAAAUUGUUCCAUGGAUUAUAGUUAUGAAUUUAAUAAGUUCCAAGCCUUGUGCAUUUGUGGGAUCCUUUCACAAGUAUACGGCCUUGUGCAUUUGUGGAAUCCUCUCACAAGUGUAAGGCAUCUGUUUCGCCCUUGGAUUUGGGUUAUGAGGCGUGACAAUCACAUAACUAUCAUGAUUUUAAUUCUACUUAGAGUAUCUCUUUUCAUAUU